CGGGCAAAAAAUUAGCGCUCCUAAAUUCAUACUUUUGGUAUCUCAUGUCUUCCAUGCAUCAAACAAUGGCGUCGUUACCGCUUCUAUCCGGCACGGAGCUUGCUGUUCCACCGCCCGCCGCCGAGCCUCAGCUCUCUUCUCUCGUUUACGAGCUCGCUCAGAACUUGCAAGCUUCCAUGGAUAACAUGCUUAAGAUGAUCAGUGAGAUUGAAGUAAACUCUGCCGGCAUAUCAGAAGAGAUAGAGAAGUCCAAAGAGUCUGCACUUCAGAGGAAGAUUCAAUUAGAAGAAAAGAAAGAUAACUUCCAGAAAACUACUUAUGCAGUUUUCGACUUGCUUAAUAGCCGUGAUUAAUCCAGCUGAAGGUUGUUGAAAUAUUUGGUGAAGUAUGGAAAGAGGCUACGCACGGUUUGAGAAAGGAGCUGAAGGUAUUGGGAAACUGUUGUUAGAGUGAAGCCGCAUCUCUUAUCUUUACAUUUUUAUUAGUAGUUGGAUUUUAGUUGAUCUUUUGUAGCUGUCAUUUGUAAGCUGAGUUUUCUUCUUCUUCUUCAAGCUUACACUUUCUAUUCAGUUUUCUAAUAAAGGUUCAAGGUUUGCCAUAUGUACUGGAUAUGAAUUGAAAGAUCAAAAUCACAUUCUUGUA